AUGACGGCCCCUAGCAGAGGCGCAUUCGCCGCCCUCGGGCGUCUACGACCUGCCACCCCUAGAAUCUGCCGACAAUGCGCGAGGGUCCAGAUCAGAGCUCCGACCCCCUCGCGGGCGUACUCGGGCGCCGCCGCCGCCGCCGCCGCCUCGACGACGAUGAGCGACUCGACGACGGUGCCUCCCUCGAAUGUCGGCAUUCCUCCCGAGCCCAAGCCGGCAGGCCAGACGGCCCCUAAUUACCACAUCAAAGCGGGCGUGAUCCUGACGCGGGCGCCGCUUCUCACGCGGCCCCUGACGUCGUUCGAGCAGGCCUACUUCUUCUACCAGAAGCGGCUCAACGAGCGACUGACGCUGCCCUUCAUCACGUCCGUCUACUUCAAGCCCGAUACCCCCGCGCUCAUCGACUGGAACAUGAAGAUGAAGGACCGCCAAGGCACCGUGGCCAAGGAGCUGGGCGUGUACAACGGCAAGGCGUCGCGAGCCUGGGACGACGAGCUGACGGUUGGCGACAAUCUGAGCAAGCACGACACGACAGUUGACCUGCUGCUGAAGGACUCCGUCAUGCGCGUCAGUGACGACGCCGAGAUCAUCCCGGAAGAGGAUCGGGCGCCGCCCGAGGCCCUCGCGCCGCGGGUGUCGGAGGCAGACCUCAAGGGCGACACGACGAGGCUGGACCGCGCCAUGGACCGCACGCUGUACCUGGUCGUCAGGAAGGAUGGCAAGGACGGCGAAAAGUGGGAGUUCCCCGCAGCGGGAAUGUCCACGGAGGAGAACCUCCACGAGGCCGCGCAGAGGAUUCUCGACGAGACGGCGGGCGUCAACAUGAACACGUGGAUGGUCGGCCGCGUGCCGGUCGCCGCCUACGUGAAGAAGCCGACGACCGCCCGGGAGGGCGCCGCGGCGGCCAAGGGGCAGAAGACUUUCUUCCUCAAGGGCCGCAUCAUGGCGGGCCAGGCGGACCUGACGGCCAACAAGCACAAGUACAAGAAGUUCAAGUGGCUCACGCGGGAGGAGCUCAAGGGGGUGCUGGAGCCCGCAUACUACCGCAGUGUACGAAACAUGAUGGCGGACCGGUAA